AUGCAAGAUCCACAAGCUGACAACAUGUUUAAGAAAACUGAAUUUGAGAAUGCAAUAUUUCUUAGUGAUGAAGAUUUCAAGACCAUCAAUGGGGACAUGAACCUCUCCCUGGUUGACAUGGGGGUUAUGGAAAAUUUGCUGCAAGAUGAGGAUACAGUGGAAGCAGCCAGUAAAUUUCAACCACAAUUCCAACCUUUUCUUCCUGUGUCACCGUCUGGUCCCCCAGAAACCGAAAGUUUCCCUGGUACUUUAAACUUUGCAGUUGAAAUAAAAGGUACAGAGACUGACAAGAAAAAGUAUUUGUACUCCGCUCGCCUAAACCGUAUAUACGUGGACAUGGGAGUGAAUUUUCCGGUGCACUUCAGCUGGGACGCAAUGAAACAAGCGCUAAUGUACCCCGCGGGCCUAUAUGUGAGGGCCACAGUUGUGUUUUCUGACCAAGCACAAGCUGAGAAGCGCGUAGAACGAUGCUUGCAACACGCGCAUGAACCAAACAACCCUGGCAACGAGACGAUAGUGAAGAAUGUGCUUCGUUCCGCACGAGCGCUGGGCACAGAUGGGUUGCACUACUGUGGACAGCCGGAUCGACCGGACUCUUGGCUGUCGGUUUUGUUGCACUUGCCUGCACCUACUGGGCACGCCUACCAGUUCGUCUGCAAGAACUCCUGCUCAUCAGGCAUCAACCGGCGCAAUAUUGCGAUUAUAUUCACCCUCGAGGACAGCCAUGGAACUAUACUGGGAAGACAGAGUGUUGGCGCACGUGCGUGCUCUUGUCCUAGAAGAGAUCUAGUACGAGACGAGAAAGAAGAAGGCAAAGGGAAGAGGAAAAUUAGACAAACUCAGCCCGAAACACUAAAGAAAAUGAAGAUUGAAGUUGUGGACAGUGAUGAAGAAGUAGUAAACCUUCCGAAGAUUCCUAUCAAAGGAGUAAAAACUGUGAUGACGGGGCUCGAAGUUAUGCAGAGGAUGAUGGAGUUAAGUGCCAAUGAAGCAGCUAAGAGGAAAGAUCAGAAAGCGAUCGACGAGUACAACAACUGCCUUGCAAGCCUUGGGACCACCAUAGAUAAUAUUAAAAAAAAUUUAAAGCCGCCCCCAACGCAAUAG